CAAAACAAUUCAAAACACCCUUGUGGACACUUGUCCAAAUAUCAUCCAAUUCUUUUGGGAUAGAAAAGGAACCUUCUCAGAAAGCUGUCAUCUCCAUUUUAAGCUAUAUCUAAAGGUCACUUACAUUUCUCUAUGUCUAUAUAAACUAAGACAAUCACAUAUUUGCAUCAUAUUAUAUCGUCUUAAUAGAGUUCUUAUUUAUCAUUUGUCUAUACAACAUUCUUUCAACACAUUAACCCGAGAAAAACAUUCUUUCAUCGUAUAAAAUAAUGGGAGGAGCAACAUUAGAAGGACAAAGAAAGGAAUCAAUUUGGGUUUUGAUGAGAAAACAAAGAGCUCGAAGGGCACUUGCGAAGAAGAUCAUGAUCCGACCCAAGAAGAGUCUGGAAGCUACUAGAAGACCUUCUCGUGCCAUUCAUAAACGAGUCAAGACGCUGAAAAAGCUUGUUCCCAACACUAAAUCAUCUUCAGAAGGUUUGGAAGGACUGUUUAUGCAAACGGCGGAUUAUAUUUUGGCUUUGGAAAGGAAAGUGAGAGUUAUGCAAACUAUGGUUCAGGUUUUGACCGAAAAUGAUUGUGUUUAACGACCUUAUUAACUUUUUGUAUAUCUUGCUGGGGUUUUAAACUUUAUUACAAUUAUAAAAUACGUGUUUUUAGUUGGUA